UCCCGGCUCCCGGCUCCCGGCUCCCGCUCCGGGCCCUGCACCUGUGACCAUCGGCGGCGCUCGCCCUCCGCGCCCGGCGCCCGCGGCCCCAUGGCCCCCUCCCGCCUGCAGCUCGGCCUCCGCGCCGCCUACUCCGGCCUCAGCUCCGUGGCCGGCUUCUCCAUCUUCCUCGUCUGGACGGUGGUCUACAAACAGCCGGGGACCGCGGCCAUGGGGGGGCUCGCAGGUGUGCUGGCGCUGUGGGUCCUGGUGACACACGUGAUGUACAUGCAGGAUUACUGGAGGACGUGGCUCAAGGGGCUGCGCGGCUUCUUCUUUGUGGGAGUCCUCUUCUCUGCCAUCUCCAUCGCCACCUUCUGCACCUUCCUGGCGCUGGCCAUCACCGGACACCAGAGCAUCACAGACCCCAACAGCUACUACCUCUCCUGUGUCUGGAGCUUCAUUUCCUUCAAGUGGGCCUUCCUACUUAGCCUCUACGCCCACCGCUACCGGGCUGACUUUGCCGACAUCAGCAUCCUCAGCGAUUUCUGACCCAAGGGAUGAGGUCUCUGCACCCCGGCGGUCCUCAGGACCUGGACUCAGCCUCUGAGACACCGGGUGGGCCUGCCCCACCCCCUGGGAGCCCCAGAACCAGGGCAGAAAAUAUACAGCAGGAGGACGUCUGCCUCCCUGGAAGACAGGGUCCCCUUUGGGGGAACCCUGGGUGCCAUGGGGAGGGGUCCUGCCAUGUUGCUCGUCAGCCUGGCGGGUGGACAGCUUUAGACCUUUCCAAGUGGAUGUUUUCUUUGCACUCGGUGGGUAAUCUUUGUAAGCAGGGCCAGGGCAGCAGUCAAGGAGUAGGGCAGUGGGGCCUUGACCUGUGCCCGGAGGCCAGCGGUUUGGUCCCUGCUGCCCUGGGCGCUCUCCCUGAACCAGGGGUGGUCAAGUCAAUAAGAGGGGAGGUCAAGUCAAUAAGAGAUCCCUGGCAGCACCUUCUCGACGCCCUACCCCAGCACCCCCAUCCUGUUGUCCCCGAAGGGGCAGUAGCUGAACUCCUUGGUCCCAGGGAUGGUGACAUUUGGCUGUUUUCCCAAGGCCUGGGGACUUGAGGGGAGAGUUUGGUGUCCCUCUUCCCACCCUGUUCCACGCAGAGCUGGUUCCCAAGAGAGCGCUAGAGCUAUCCUCGCCUUCACCGCACGCCCCAGAGUGGGACACCCUGAACAAGGCCAGACUGAGGGUCUUGGGGAAGGUGCUUCUGCCCCCAGAAGGGCUUUCGGGAAGGGCCCAGCGCCUCCAGUCCUGCGUGCCCCCCUGGCCUUCUCACACCUGUCCCUCAUCAAUGCCCAGAUGACCCCCGGCCCCGCGACACCUCCCAGCUCCUGCCCCUGCCCACUGCCCUUCACUUAAGCACCUUUUAAAACCUCCCUUCUAGAGGACAAAACCUGCUUAACUGCCUACACACUGGCCCAAGGGCUCACCUAACUCGGGAGGGAAGGGGCCACAUCUUUUUAUCUUCGGUUGCCAUUUUGCACGGUUUACCCCUUCCCCACCUGAUGUGUCCUGCCCCUCAGCUCUUUGCCUUAUCUGUGUCACUGUCACUUUAGCAGAAAUAACAGCAGCCAUUUCUAUCA